CACAAAUCAGCCCUAACUCUGUUUUUGUUUUCUUCGACGACUGAGGUCUUUUCUCUCUCGCUCUCGUCUUCCUCUUGAUUCUCUUCUUCUUUUCUGGAGUUUCGCUGCUUUUUUAGCCUGUAAAAAUGACGAAAAUUUUAUAAAAGAUUCAUACAAGAAAAAAGCAAAUUUCGCCACUGAUGGAUCCUAUGGAGUCGUCUAGUGAACAGGACAUUGUUGAAGAGAGUCAAAAGCUGGUUGACUCAUUGGACAAGCUUCGUGUUAGUGCUGCGAGUUCAUCUUCUAAUUUCAAGAAGAAGCCUAUCAUUAUUAUCGUUGUUGGAAUGGCAGGUAGUGGAAAAACUAGCUUUCUUCAUCGCUUGGUCUGUCAUACUUUUGAUUCAAAGAGCCAUGGUUAUGUGGUGAACCUUGACCCUGCUGUUAUGUCUCUACCAUUUGGUGCCAACAUCGAUAUAAGAGACACUGUCAAGUACAAGGAAGUUAUGAAGCAGUAUAAUCUGGGUCCUAAUGGUGGAAUUCUCACUUCACUCAACUUGUUUGCUACUAAAUUCGACGAGGUUGUCUCUGUGAUUGAGAAACGUGCAGACCAGCUUGAUUAUGUUCUUGUGGACACUCCUGGUCAGAUUGAGAUCUUUACAUGGUCUGCUUCUGGGGCUAUAAUCACUGAAGCUUUCGCUUCAACCUUCCCCACUGUUGUCACCUAUGUGGUUGAUACUCCCCGUUCCUCAAGCCCAAUCACUUUUAUGAGCAACAUGCUUUACGCUUGUAGUAUUCUCUACAAGACUCGGUUGCCUCUUGUCUUGGCUUUCAACAAAACUGAUGUCGCAGAUCACAAGUUUGCUUUAGAGUGGAUGGAAGAUUUCGAGGUCUUUCAAGCAGCGAUUCAGUCUGAUAACUCGUACACGGCGACCUUAGCUAACAGUCUCUCCCUUUCACUCUACGAGUUCUACCGUAACAUAAGAUCCGUUGGUGUUUCUGCAAUCUCUGGUGCUGGAAUGGAUGGCUUCUUUAAAGCCAUUGAAGCAAGUGCUGAGGAAUACAUGGAAACUUACAAGGCUGAUCUUGACAUGAGAAAGGCGGACAAGGAGCGGUUGGAAGAAGAAAGAAAGAAACAUGAAAUGGAAAAACUAAGAAAGGAUAUGGAGAGUUCUCAGGGAGGCACUGUGGUUUUAAACACUGGUUUGAAAGACAGAGAUGCAACAGAGAAGAUGAUGCUAGAGGAGGAUGAUGAGGACUUUCAGGUUGAAGAUGAAGAAGACAGUGAUGAUGCCAUAGAUGAGGAUGAUGAAGACGACGAGACGAAGCAUUACUACCUAUGAAUUAAACUCAAAGACCAGGCUUAUCAAGACGCUUGUACUGGUUUUGUUUGCGUCCUUCCCUUGUUGUCCCAGUUGUGUAGUUAAAACAUAAGAAUUGAUUCUCUUUGUGAGACAUUGUCUAAUGAUCUAAUGACGAAACUAUAAACUAGCACUUUUGAAGACUUUGUAC